AUGCUGAUAAUCGCUGAGAAGAACCAGACAACGCGACUGAGCUCGGAUUUUGCACAUGGUUCACAAAGCUUCCCAGUGCAAGAAGUGUAUAGGACGAAUUCGGUGAUCAAACCGUUGGGCAAAAAGACAGCACCACUUCCUUCUGUAACAUUAUCGAUCACUCUUGCUAAAGAAUUCCUUCGAGAUGCUCUUACUGUGAAGCAGUUGAGAGUAGAGAUUUGGGUGCCAGAAGGUAGCAAGAAGAGCGCCUCGAAGUUUAUCCUAUCUAAACAGGAAGUAGAAGAUUUGAUAUUUGCAAAUACCGACAUUACAUCUGCCCCAAUCGUGUUAGCCAUACGGGUCUCCAAGCUUGACAACGUCAAAACAAUUGGAACAGCAUUCGCGGACACAUCGAUCCGUAAACUGGGUAUAUCCCAAUUCGCUGAGACUGAAUUAUUCUCUAAUAUUGAGGUGGGUAAUGAAGGAAAGAAUGAAGACUAUGAUUUAUCUAAAUUACGCCAAGUGCUUGAGCGAUGUAAUGUUAUCGUAACGGAGAGGAAGCCAGGCGAGUCCACAAUAUACCCCUUGUAUUUCUCGUUAAACAUUGAUCUCCUAGCUGAAUUUUCAACAAAAGACGUGGAACAAGAUGUUACGCGAUUGCUCAGCGGUGAACAGCCUUUGGUGGGAUUAGCGGCCUUUGAUCUUAGAGUUGCCAUGUCCGCGACAGCUGGUCUUAUACGAUACUUGGACCUAAUGCGGGAUCCGUCCAACUUCGGUCACUACAGCUUGGACCAGCAUGACCUCGGUCAAUUCAUGCGAUUGGAUGCAUCCGCCGUACAGGCUUUAUCUCUCCUUCCGGGACCACGAGAUGCCGGAAAUAAAAACACGAGUUUAAUUGGCCUUUUGAAUAAAUGCAAGACAGCCCAGGGAGGUCGCCUCAUUGCACAGUGGUUGAAACAACCCUUAGUUAAUUUGCAUGAAAUCAGUGAGUACACGGUUGGAACCUUUAAAACUUCUCUAAUGGAUUCCGGGGAAGAGAAACGGCAGACUCUCGUUGAGCUAUUUGUUGACGAUAGUAGCUCUCGAAGAGGGUUACAAGACGAAUUCUUGCGAUAUAUGCCAGAUAUGCACAGAAUAUGCAAAAGGUUCCAUAAAAAGGCCGCUAGUCUAGAAGAUGUCAUACGAAUUCCUGAUCUGAUCGAGCAACUCGAAUCGCUCCAGACAGAUUCAUUAGGGCAGUCGGCUAUGAUUAAGGAACAUUAUAUAGAGCCUUUCCGGCGCUUUGACGAGAAUAUCUCAAAGUUCAAGGAGAUGGUAGAGCAAACAAUAGACCUCGAUCAACUCAAAAAUCAUCAGUGGAUCAAAGGCAGAUACGUCAUCAAGCCAGAAUACGACGAGUCGCUUCAAGUACUGGCAGAUAAACUUUCAGAGAUUGUGGAUGGACUUGAUGCAGAACAUCGAGAGGUUGCACGAGAUCUCGGCUUGGAGCUGGACAAAAAGCUACACCUUGAGAAUAACCCUACUCAUGGAUACUGUUUUAGGAUCUCUAAAAUU